GGAAUGAUUACGCGGGGUGACGUCACCGACAGGCGCUCCCCUCCUCGGCCCCGCUCGGUGCUCUUAUACCGGUGACUAGCGGCCCUACUACGUGACCGCGGUUGACAUUCGAGUUCUGGUGUACGCGUCUCCCAGCCGGCGCAAGAUGGACACGAAGGGCGAGGGUGAGGAGAUGACCUACCCGCAUAUUUGUUUCAUGGUCGAUAAUUUCGAUGAGGUGUUCUGCGACAUAGUUGUCCGUGAUGGAGAGAUGGUCUGUGUGGAGUUGGUGGCUAGAGGUCGUGGAGGCGCCGCGCAAGCCGUCAUCUUCCUCGGUUCCAUUCGCUACGACGCGCUCACUAGAGUCUAUGACGCGAGGCAAUCAUCGUUGUCGACGAAGGUGGCGCAGCGUAUGUCGUUCGGCCUGCUUGGACGUGGAGCGGGCGCCGCGGCGCGCUGCGAGUUCGUGCGCAUGAAAGGGCCAGGGGGAAAGGGUCACGCUGAGGUGGCGGUGUCGCGGCCGCGCUCGUGCGGAGCGCACACGCCCAGCUCGGAGCCCGGACUCACGGCCGCCGAGCUGUGGGACAGCGACUGGGAGGAUGACGACCCCGACGAGCUGUUUCUCUAUCGGAACCAGCGUCGUCUCAGUGACCCGAGCGCGAACAUAACGACGUUUGUUCGCGGCGGGUGGCGCGCCCGCGAGCGCGACGAUAAGAGCCGCUCGGAGAACGAGGGACUCGACGCGCUCUCGCAUGGACUCGCGGAGGUCGAGGCAGGCGACCUGCGUGACGGGCGGCGGGCUUCCUCGGUGCGCUGGCGCGGCUGCUGCGCGGGCGGCGGGGCGGCCGUGCCCGGGGACAUGCGAGACGUGUACCGCCGCGCACCGCCUGACCUGUCGCCCGCUUGUCUGCACACCGUGUCCCCGCGCCGCCGUCCCGCCCGCAUGACGCCGCAGCCGCCCCCGCUGCGGCCCCUGCGCCUCUCGCGCCCCCGCCGCGCUCCGUCUGCGCCUGCCGCGCAAUCCGCGCCCGCCAUGCCCUCCGCGCCGCCCGGCGACACCGAGUGCGAGCUCGCCUGCGACGCGUGCUGCCUCGACGGACGCUCCUCGCCCGCGCCGCCGCGCGCGCUGCACGAGCGCUUGGCCGCCGUCACGGUGCGUGGCGAGGAGGAGCUGCCGUGCGAGCCGACGGGCGGGGUGCGGGGCGCGGGCGAGGCGGGGGGCGCGAGCGCGGCGUGGAGUGCGGGCGCGCGCGCUUACGUGACGCUGCCGCGGCGGCGCGGGGUGGCGGCCGUGCUGUUCCGCAACGCGCCGCUGCCGCCGCGCCGCACGACGCCCGACGGCACCGACAUUUACUACUGGUGCGACGUGCCGCGCCGCAAGCAUUCCGAGCUCGACGAUGGCGCAUACAACCCGCUGUGGGCGAUGCGCGGGUUCACGCAGACGUUCCACCUGUGGAAGGAAGGCCGUCGCGCUCAGUCGGCGCCGCUCAACGCGUUCCUCACCUACGUCACGCUGCCAUGGUGGAGCAUCGCUAAGGAUAUCCUAGACCAUCGUGAAGAGCCCAUCCUGACCUUCUGAGAGGAGACUCCUGGGGCUCCAAGCCCAGCCCACAUCACGUGCGAUAUUGUAUUUAUAUACUUUACUGUCACCGCCGUCUGCGAGGACGUUCUCGUACUAGUCAUCCAAGAAAUAAGUCAAAUAAUAUAUUAAACUAGAUAACUUAACAAAGUGCAUUAGCUUAGAGCCAAAUUUUAUCCUUUUAAAAAUAUUUUAGUUAAAGUA